AUGGCGCUGGAGCUCGGACUCGGGCAGCUGGACUCCACUCGCCCUAGGGAGCGGGGCGCAGGGGCCAGUGCGCGGCCAGGGGCGGCCGCUGCGCGCGCGUCUUCUCCAGCCCGGAGAGCGAGCACAGCGCCCGCGCAGCUGCGCCGGCCGGGGCAAAGCGCGCGCCCCGGGGCGCCACGCCGAGGGGAACCGGGCUGCUCGGGUCAGUGCCGCCGGGCAGCCCCGCGACUGCCUGGGCGGGAGGGACCAAGUCUGUGCUGUGCCCCGCCAACAAACGGUACUAAGGCAGCCACAGAGUAUGCAAAUGGCAUAUAUGACAUUGUGUCACCUGCUCCAUCAGUAUAUUUGGGCACAUUCCAAAUUUUGCAUCUGCUAGAAGACCUGAAGAUGGCACUAGAAAUGCUAGAGGAUCCUCAAGAGAGAGAAGCAUUACGGAAUCAGAUACCGGGGGAUACAGCAAGAUGUAUACGGGAGUGGCUGGAGGAAAACCUGUCUCAGGUGAAUCAUCUUUCUUCUGCUAACAAUGAAACCUAUCAAGAACGACUGGCACGAUUAGAGGGUGAUAAAGAGUCCCUCGUAUUGCAGGUGAGUGUCCUCACGGAUCAGGUGGAGGCCCAAGGAGAGAAAAUCCGGGACCUAGAAGUCUGUCUUGAGGGGCAUCAGCUGAAACUUAAUGCUACCGAAGAAAUGCUUCAACAGGAGCUGCUAAGUCGAACGUCACUAGAGACUCAGAAACUAGAUCUAAUGGCAGAAGUUUCCGACCUGAAGAUUAAGUUGGUUGGCAUGGAAAAGGAACAGAGUGAAUAUGAAGAGAAGCAGAACAAAGCUGAGUCAGUAGUGAACCUGAUCAGUGAGCUACAGGAGCAGAUGUGUAGACUACAGCUGGAAAUUAAUAGUAAAAUCCAGGAAAGAAAGUCUCAAAAUAGGAAACCUGAACUGACAGCUAAUGGUCCUCAGGCCAGCACAAGAUCAGUGGUAGAGAGCCUCACCCAGAAGAAUUGCUCUCUGUGUGAUGGUUUGCUUCAGGAACUCAAACAUCUCAAAAUUAAAGUGGAAGAGCUGGAAAAUGAAAGAACCCAAUAUGAAUGGAAAUUAAAAGCAACCAAAGCUGAAAUAGCCCAGCUUCAGGAGCAGUUAGCUCUCAAAGAUGCAGAAAUUGAACGUUUACAGAGUCAGCUCUCCAGGACCUUGGUACAUAAUGAAAUUGCAGAAAGAGAGGAACUAUAUAGGAGAAGGCUAAAAGAAAAACAUCAAGAAGUUCAACGACUGAAGAUAGGAAUGGAAUCGUUGUUAGCUGCAAAUGAAGAAAAGGACCGUCGAAUAGAGGAGUUAACAGUGCUGCUAAGCCAGUACAGAAGGGUGAAGGAGAUAAUGUUAGCAGCUCAUGGCUCUUCAGAAAGAAUUCUGUCUGGUAGCAGUGAAGAGGAAUUUGAGGCAAGUUUGAAGAAGUGGAAUCUCAUGAAUAAGCCCCAAGCAGAAUUACUCAAACCCGAGGUACCUCCAGGAGAAUUGUCACCAACUAUGGAGUCUUUACUGCCACAAAAAACUCUGGAAAUCAGUGGAAGCAUUCCAGUUCCUUCAAAUAACUUUAUUUCUCCACAUGAGGAAUCUUUGGAAACCAGAAGUAGGGUUCCACAGAAAAAAAUGUCAAGUAGUCUAGAGGACUUGCAGAGUGAAUCCCUGGAAAAGCAUGUAGACGGGAAACCAGUAGAACCUGUUGUAGAACAAGAGAAUAAACCAUAUGUGAAGAGUAACAAAUAUCAGACCUUGCCAGGGAAGCUUCUUCGACCCACACACAACGGAGAUCGCGGAACAUACAAUACUCCCACUUCCCUAAAUGUAUUUGGAAUGAAUGACAAUGAGGACAACCGUGUACUGAGCCUGAGAAUGACUGAAGAUCGCAUCAGGAGUAUUAGUGCACCAAUAUUAGGAGAGACAGAGAAUAUGGAUGGUACAAUAACUUCAGAUGAACUUUCACCCCUUUCUUCUGGAACAGAAUCGGGUCCACAGUCUCCAGAAAAUAAAAAGAGCCCAAAAGGCAUCAGGAAAAUCUGGGGAAAAAUAAGAAGAACUCAGUCAGGUAACUUCCAUGCAGACGAUCUAGGUUUAGCUGAAUUUCGAAGAGGUGGUCUCCGUGCAACAGCUGGACCUCGAUUAUCUAGAUCAAAGGAAACUAAGGGGCAGAAGAGUGACUACAAUGCCCCCUUUGCUCAGUGGAGCACUGAAAGAGUUUGUAACUGGCUUGAGGACUUUGGUCUUGGUCAGUAUGUCAUUUUUGCACGGCAGUGGGUGACUUCUGGCCACACGUUAUUAACAGCAACACCUCAGGAUAUGGAAAAGGAACUAGGAAUAAAACAUCCUCUGCACAGGAAGAAAUUAGUCUUGGCCGUUAAAUCAAUAAAUACAAAACAGGAUGAUAAAUCUGCACAACUAGAUCAUAUCUGGGUGACACGAUGGCUUGAUGAUAUUGGCUUACCUCAGUACAAAGAUCAGUUUCAUGAAUCCAGAGUUGAUGGGAGAAUGUUGCAGUACUUAACUGUGAAUGACCUUCUCUUUCUGAAAGUCACCAGCCAGCUGCAUCAUCUCAGUAUUAAAUGUGCCAUUCACGUGCUGCAUGUCAACCAGUUCAACCCCCAUUGUCUACGUAGAAGGCCAGUUGAUGAGAAUAAUAUUUCACCUUCUGAAGUAGUGCAGUGGUCCAAUCACAGAGUGAUGGAAUGGCUUAGAUCAGUAGAUCUGGCAGAAUAUGCACCAAACCUUCGAGGAAGUGGAGUUCAUGGUGGCCUCAUUAUUCUUGAACCUCGCUUUAAUGGUGACACACUGGCAAUGCUUCUUAACAUUCCACCUCAAAAGACCCUCCUGAGACGCCACCUGACCACUAACUUUCAUGUGUUAAUUGGGCCAGAAGCACAACAAGAAAAAAGAGAAAUAAUGGAAUCUACAGCUUACACACCUCUGACCACCACUGCUAAAGUUCGGCCAAAGAAACUUGGAUUUUCACAUUUUGGAAACCUACGAAAAAAGAAAUUUGAUGAAUCUACAGAUUACAUUUGUCCUAUGGACACAAGUCCAGGUGCAACUAAUGGUACUCAGAAGAGCUAUGGUGGAUACAAAGGACUUAAUCAACUCACUGAUAGGGAAUUGGACAAACUGGAUCAGAUGGAACAUUCAGAAGGAACAGUAAUGCAAAUAGGGGUGCUCUCUCAAGGCAUAAGCAACCUCACGGAUAUGCUAAGCCAAGAUGAAAUGCUGAAUGACAGCAGAUUUUUAACACCUACCUUUGAAGACUGGAGAUGA